AUGCGGCUCGAUGAGCGGCACGUUCCGUACUUACAGAUGGCCGGAUUAUACCAUCUUGCGAGACUGAACGACAGAUGGUUCCGACUAGACGAGCCGCUUGUGAGUGCAUUCGUCGAGAGGUGGCAUCCGGAGACGCACACUUUCCACAUGCCUUUCGGGGAGUGCACCAUCACACUUCAGGACGUGGCGUAUCAGUUGGGUUUGCCAAUGGACAGACAUUACGUCAGCGGUUGCCUUACGAAUUUCCACGUAUACAUACAGGGUGGCCGGCCAGCUUGGCAGUGGUUCCAGGAGUUGCUCGGUGUGUUACCUCCCCCGAGCCAAAUUCAAAAGUUCGAUGUGAACUGCAGCUGGUUCCAAGAGACCUUUGAAGAGUGCCCCGAGGGGGCCGAUGAGGCGACAGUUAGGCGCUUUGCCCGUGCCUAUAUCAUGAUGUUGUUGGACACCCAGCUGUUUGCAGACAAGUUCGGCAAUCGUAUUCACAUCAGAUGGCUACCGUACGUGGCUAGGCUUGAGGAGAUGGGUGGCUACAGUUGGGGGUCGGCGGCGCUUGCAUGGUUGUACCGGUGUAUAUGUCGAGUGGCCAACAGACAUGUCGUGAAGUUAGCUGGGCUAUUACAGUUACUUCAGUCUUGGAUCUUUUGGCGGUUUCCUAGAUUUUGGCCCGAUGGGUAUGAUUCGUUUAGCUGGCCCCUGGCAUCCAGGUGGUCAGGUUACAAUCCUGGCGUUAGCGAGAAGGGACCUCGGGUGCAGAUGACUCGGCUGAGGAUCGACAUGUUACAGCCUAGGGAUUUUAUAUGGAUGCCAUAUAGCACACCCGACGUCGUCCAGGUUGUCCAUCCGGAGGUGUUGGAGCCUCGUCAUACGGCCUUAUGGCGUUCUGUGACGUCGCUGAUAUAUUUUGCGGUGGUUGAGUGGCACCAGGUUGAUAGGGUGUUACCUCAGUUUGGAGGCGUACAUGCUUGUCCCCGUCCCGCCCUGAACAUCGACUUCUUGAUGUCGAAAGAUGGUAGAGGGGGUGAUCGUUGA